AUAUGCUUAGCACAUAGUAAAACAAGAGGCCUGCAAAGGGAGGAAAUGGAGGCAAAGAUGAAGAAGCUGUGUAUUACUUCCCUGCUUCUGGUUGUAGUGCUUCUGCAUGUGUCAUCUGUAAAAACAGAAGCAGAAGCAGAAGCAGAAGCAGUUGGGGGCAGAGCCCUCAGCAGAGAUGACUUCCCCCCUGGCUUUAUUUUUGGUGCUGGAAGCUCUGCUUACCAGGUGGAAGGAGCAGCUGCAGAGGAUGGCAGGAAACCCUCUAUCUGGGAUCCUUUCACUCAUGCUGGAAAAUCAUUUGAUGGAAGCAAUGGAGACAUAGCAGCAGACCAAUACCAUAAGUACAAGGAAGAUGUAAAGCUGAUGCAUGAGAUUGGUCUCGAUGCCUACAGAUUUUCGAUCGCUUGGCCUCGACUAAUCCCUGAUGGACGAGGAGCCGUCAAUCCAAAAGGCCUAGAAUACUACAACAAUCUAAUCGACGAGCUCUUAAGCUACGGAAUACAGCCUCAUGUGACAAUCUACCAUUUCGACCUUCCCCUAAUUCUUUACGAGGAAUACGGUGGAAUUUUGAGCCCCAGAUUUAUCGAAGAUUUCACUGCUUACGCCGACGUGUGCUUUAGAGAAUUCGGCGACAGAGUGAAACACUGGGUCACCGUAAACGAACCCAACAUAGAACCCAUAGGUGGCUACGACUCGGGUAUCCUCCCCCCGGAACGAUGCUCUGAACCCUUCGGUUCACAUUGCACCGUAGGAAACUCGACUACGGAGCCUUACAUAGUUGCCCAUCACCUCCUACUUGCUCAUGCCUCAGCUGUGUCCCUUUACAGAGAAAAAUAUCAGGCCAAGCAAGGUGGAUCUAUAGGAAUCACACUGUUAGGUUGGUGGUAUGAGCCUUACUCGCAAUCCUCAGAUGAUAAAGCUGCAGCAAAAAGGAUGGUCGAUUUUCAUAUCGGGUGGUUGAUGGAUCCGCUGGUAUACGGAGACUACCCUGCUGUGAUGAGGGAGAAUGUAGGAUCAAGAUUACCAUCUUUUAGCAAAGAAGAGUCGAAAAGAUUACGAGGGUCCUUCGAUUUCAUCGGCUUCAAUCAUUACAUAGUGUUUUAUGUGCAAGCAGAUCUCAGCACGCUGAAUUUGAAAGAGAGAGACUACUAUGCUGACGCAGCUGUAAAACUUUCACUUUUGAACGGAAACUCAGUGAAGAAGCAGGAUAUUCUCAGGAUGAAGAAGACACCUGAAAUGGCUUCGACUCCUUGGGCUUUGCGGAAAAUGUUGGAACAUCUUAAAGUGAAUUAUCGCAAUCCUCCAGUCGUAAUACACGAAAAUGGUGCUGGCUCUCUAGUCGACCCUAAAACCAUCGCAAAUGAAAAACCGGAUUAUUUUAGAGUGGAAUUCCUACAAGAUUACUUAGAAAGUGUACUUCUUUCUAUAAGGAAUGGAUCAAAUACACAAGGCUAUUUCAUAUGGUCACUUCUAGAUGUUUUCGAGUUCCAAUUCGGCUGCGCCGUCCGCUUUGGUCUUGUCGGUGUCGAUCUCAACAACGAAAAUACGACAAGGUAUCCGAGAUAUUCAUCUCACUGGUACUCCAACUUUUUGCGAGGUAGCGGACUGAGAAGGGCAGAUGCCUCAAUAUUUACUCCGCAUAAACUCGGUUUCGGGAGAAGAGAAUUAAGCUCUAAAGCAAAGUUUACUUGAACCGAACAAUCCCCUAAUGCUGGUCUCAGAGUUUUGUUGCAUACAAAAGUUAAAAAAUAAAAAGGCACACAUAUAGUGAAUAAAAUUGUAAUAGCUACAUGGUCAUUUUGUGUUCAAAAGUUUCAUGUAUAGCUUUUAUGGCGUGAUGAUCUUUGUCUUUUAAUUGAAUUAUGUGUCUUCAGCAAGAACUGCUUAUGGUACUCCAAGAGAUUCUUGUUUAUUCUGAAGCAGUUGUGAUGUGCAUGAAAA